GAGUAUUUAUAUAUCUUCACAAUCGAGUUUAUAUUUUCUUUGCCAAUUCUGCUUUAAUUAAUGUUUCUUUCAUUUACAAUAUUAACUGAAACAUAUAAUGAGUUCUGUAUACUGAAAUUAAAAAAACAUAUAAUAUUAACAAAAAGGAAAAAUAAAUAUAAGAAAUCAAAUAGCUGCAACUCUGCUUUCCAUGUUUGAGAAAUUGAUUGAAGAUAGGCAAGUGAAUUUAAAUCAACGCCGUCAAUGCGAAUAUACGGCGCUUAGUUUCUACAAAAGAAUUUCAUAAAGCUUAAAACCAAAACCACGUAAAUUAAAUUAAGUGGUUUUUAACAUAAGAUAGUAAAUGCUACAAGCUACAAAUAUCCAUAACGAAUGCGCUCCGAACAAUCUCCCAUCUCUAACUCGUUACGUUUUAUUAUCAUUGCCGAGUGAACAAACAGCUGUUUCCAAGAGCUGAAAACUUUUAAUUAUAUAUUUAAUUCCUGCAGCACAUUUGUAUAAAAAUCGGAUUAGAUAAUUACAAAAAUGCUUCUAAAACAUAUAAUAACAAAAAGUCAGCAACAGAUUCGUUGUAUCUCUUCCGCAACAGCUGCUGUAACAAGACUACAUCGCUCCGUGUAUUGCCGCAUGUAUCCUACGGUCGUUGUGCAGCCUGAUGGUUCCACAAUUAACAUACGCUAUCACGAGCCAAGGAAAAUAAUCAAGCUGCCAUUGGACCUAAGUACUUUAAGCGAAGCUGAGCGGAAGGCACGGUUAGAAGCACGUAAACCACGAAAGAAGGUCAAGAUCAUGGAGGAAGUUGAGGAUACAUUUAAUGCAAAGAAAUAUAUGAAAUAUAUUAAGAAGAAAUAAUAGUUGAAUUUAUAUUAUUAGCAGAUUGCAGCCAAAGUGAAAAUGUACGUGAUAAACGUGUUAAAAAUUAUGAAUUUGAAUAUUAAAAUUCCUUCAAAUCUUGUGUUAACUGAA